AGACUCCACGUGGUGUAUCGUGGAAGUAUCGCGAGUUCGUGUACACCACGGAACAACACAUUCUCCUCUUCUUCUUUCUUCUUUCUUCUUUCUUCUUCCUUCUUCCUUCUUCCUCUUCCUCUUGACCGUUACACGAGAAGUUACUUCGAACGAUUUUCAAACGCGUUUUCCUUUUCGAAACCCAGCUGCUCGAUCCCAGUUUCCCAGUUUUACGUCCGAUAAAACCGUCGCGAUAGUCGGAGAUAUAAGCGGGGUGAUAAGUCGUCCACCAUUGUCUUCUCGUUUCGAAAGGCGAAAGAUCCUUUGUCUUUGGACAAAGUGGGAGAGGGAGGGGGGAAGGAUUGUUUCUCCCCGCGAUCGAUACACCAUUGGGCGAGAUGGUGGCCGAGUACCGAUGAGAGUGACCGAUCCGAAGAUUGUCGAGCUCGUCCUUGUUGGGGAGAAGAGAGGGUGGUAGGAACGAGGGAGAAGGUGUUGUGGUGUGCGUUGCACGGCAAACGUGUGAGAUUGUAUCGAGAGGAGGAUGGGCAAGGGUUGGAAAGGCGCGAAAGAUUUCGUCGGCCUCGAAGAGGUGACGAAGGUCGAGUUUUUGGUGAUGCUGUUGGCCGAAACCCUGGGAACCUUUCUUCUCGUGCUGAUCGGUUGUGCAUCCUGCAUCACGUGGACGGCCAACAAUCCUCCAACGGUGGUUCACAUAGCGUUCACAUUUGGCCUCGCGGUCGCCAGCCUGGCUCACGUGUUGGGUCCGGUCUCGGGAUGUCACGUGAAUCCAGCUGUAUCGGUGGGCCUUUUGGUGAGCGGAAACUGCAGCUUUCUAAAGGCGGUGUGCUACAUUGUUUGCCAGUGUUGUGGUGCAAUCGCCGGUUCGGGAGUUUUGAAGUUAUUGAUCCCUAAAGAAACGAUCGGUCAGGGUUUAGGCGCCACGGGGCUGGGCGAAAAAGUGAGCGAGAGCCAAGGCAUCUUCAUGGAAGCGAUAAUCACGUUCCUCCUCCUUCUGGUUGUCCACGCGGUCACGGACCCGAAGAGGACCGACACGAAGGGUUGGGCACCGUUGGCCAUCGGCUUGACCAUCACCGUUUCCCACAUGGCAGCUGUACCCGUGACGGGAAGCAGCAUGAAUCCCGCCAGAACGUUGGGCCCAGCUGUCAUACUUGGCGAGUGGAAGAAUCUUUGGGUCUAUUGGAUCGGACCGAUAAUCGGCGCUUGCGCCGCCGGUGGACUGUACAAAAUGGCGUUCAGGCGUAAAAAGGAGGACGACGAAGCUUCCUACGAUUUUUAAAUUUUCUGAUGAAUAAUAAUUAAUGCGAAUAUCGUUUUUUGCAACGAUAUGCAUUGUUUAUUAUUCUUUUUUUCUUUUCACUCGAAAUUAAUGAGAUAAUAGAUAUUUUCGUAAGAUACGAGUGAAAUUGUUUUGAAUUGAAUAGGUUAUGUUAAGUGUUUGGUUUAAAAAAAACUCUCGUAUCUUUUAUAUUUAUAUAUAUAUAUAUAUACACGGUGCUCGUAACUGACAAGACAGGGUAUAUUUACAUACGUUUCGCUUAUUUGCAUAUGUCCGUGAAAAAAUAAGAAGAGGAAACAAGUCAAUUAAGAUUUAACGACGAUUUGAAUUAUGGAAACGUGAGUUAAUUAAUUCAAGAAACAUUAUACCUGAUCGCGUUUGCUCUUUCACUUUUUUUCUCUCUCUCCUAUAUUAUAAGGAAAUAGAAGAAACGUAAAUCUUGUUGAGUGUAGAAUUUUGUUAUUGUUAAUAAUAUAAUUAAUUAACGAUGAAUCUGUUUAAUAUAUUAAUAUAUAUAUAUAAUAUAUCAUAUAUUCUAUUAGAUAAAUAAGAAAUUAAUUGAUAACGUAAAUAUGAUAUUAAAUUGUUAGAAGAUUAAUAUAUAUUUAUUAUAUAUAAUUUGUAAGAUUUCGAUGUAAUAUCAAUUGAUAACUCGUAACUUAUUAAAUUGCGAUUUCAUUCGAUCGAAAUAAUCUCAUAAGAAAAAUAUUAUCGUACUUAUAUACAUUUCGUACAUCGAUAUUUUGUACCUUGUUUAAGUUUUGUAUAUAUAUUGUACUUAAAUUAUAUAGCUUGUAAGAUUCCACGUAUAAAUAUAUGUGUUUAUAUUGCAUGCUAUAUAUAUAUAUAUAUAUAUGUACAUAAAUUAUUCUUUUCUCGACAUAUAAAAUGAUUCUGGUUAAUAAAUUAUUUAACGACCUACUACUAUUUUCCAUAACGCAAUAAACCCAUGAAUACGUGAAAAAAAAAAAUUAAACGAAUAAUUUAACGACGACGAUAUCCAUGCAAAUUAUGAAAUAUAAAUUAAACUUGUAAAUUUUACCUUUA